GGCUGAUGGUGGUGGAGCCGCUGCAGCUCGAGACCGGCCGCGUUAAUGCGUUUACUGAGCGCGAGCGGAUAGAGCGUGACACUGCAUCAUGUAUGGCUUCGUGAACCAUGCCCUGGAACUGCUGGUGCUGAGAAAUUAUGGUCCAGAUGUGUGGGAGGACAUCAAGCGGGAGGCGCAGGUGGAUGUGGAAGGACAGUUCCUGGUCAGAAUCAUCUACGAGGAUGCCAAAACUUAUGACCUGGUGGCCGCUGCAAGCAAAGUAUUAAAAAUCAAUGCCGGUGACAUCCUGCAGAUGUUCGGGAAGAUGUUCUUCGAGUACUGUCAGGAGUCCGGCUACGACACCAUCCUGCGUGUGCUCGGCUCCAACGUCCGGGAGUUCCUGCAGAACCUCGAUGCUCUUCAUGACCACCUCGGGACCAUCUACCCCGGCAUGCGCGCGCCGUCGUUUCGCUGCACGGACGCCGAGAAGGGAAGCAGCCUCAUUCUGCACUAUUACUCCGAGAGAGAGGGACUGCAGGACAUUGUCAUCGGCAUCAUCAAGACCGUCGCCCAGCAGAUCCACGGCACCGAGAUCGACAUGAAGGUGAUUCAGCAGAAGGGUGAGGAGUGUGACCACAUCAAGUUCCUGAUCGAGGAGAAGGAUGAGGAGGAGGAGGCCUGCUAUGAAGAUCUGGACGGCUUCGAGGAGAACGGCACUCAGGAGACGCGCAUCAGCCCCUACACCUUCUGCAAGGCUUUCCCUUUCCACCUGAUGUUCGACAAAGACCUCGUGCUCACUCAGUGUGGAAACGCCAUCUUCAGAGUGCUGCCGCAGCUGCAGCCUGGCGUGUGUUGUUUGCCCUCUGUGUUCUCCCUGGUGCGACCUCACAUUGACUUCAGUUUCCAUGGCAUCCUGUCUCACAUCAACACCGUGUUUGUGCUCCGGAGCAAGGAGGGUCUGCUGAACGUGGAGAGCGCGGAGUGUGAGGACGAGCUGACAGGGACGGAGAUCAGCUGCCUCAGGCUUAAAGGCCAGAUGAUUUCCCUCCCCGAGACCGAGAACAUCCUGUUCCUCUGCUCCCCCAGUGUGAUGAACCUGGACGACCUGACCCGGAGGGGGCUGUACCUGAGCGACAUCCCGCUGCACGACGCCACGCGCGACCUGGUGCUGCUAGGAGAGCAGUUCCGCGAGGAGUACAAGCUGACGCAGGAGCUGGAGAUCCUGACCGACCGGCUGCAGCACACACUCAGGGCCCUGGAGGACGAGAAGAAGAAGACGGACAGGUUGUUGUACUCGGUUCUCCCGCCGUCGGUAGCUAACGAGCUGCGCCACAAACGUCCGGUUCCCGCCAAACGCUACGACAACGUCACUAUCCUGUUCAGUGGUAUCGUGGGAUUCAACGCGUUCUGCAGCAAACACGCCUCGGCCGAGGGAGCCAUCAAAAUCGUCAACCUUCUCAAUGACAUCUACACCAAGUUCGACAUUCUGACUGACUCGCGUAAGAAUCCGUACGUCUACAAGGUGGAGACGGUGGGUGAUAAGUACAUGACGGUGAGCGGACUCCCGGAGCCCUGCACUCACCACGCCAAGUCCAUCUGUCACCUGGCGCUGGACAUGAUGGAGAUCGCGGGACAGGUGAAGGUGGACGAGGAGCCUGUGCAGAUCACCAUCGGCAUCCACACUGGGGAGGUGGUGACAGGGGUCAUAGGUCAGAGGAUGCCUCGCUACUGCCUGUUCGGGAACACGGUGAACCUGACGAGCCGCACCGAGACCACGGGCGAGAAGGGGAGGAUCAACGUGUCCGAGUUCACGUACAGGUGUUUACAGUCGGUGGAGAACGCUGAUCCUCAGUUCCACCUGCAGUACCGAGGCCCUGUGACCAUGAAGGGCAAGAAGGAGCCGAUGAAGGUGUGGUUCCUGUCCCGGAGAACGCCGUAGACGCGGAUGUCCCCGUCUUAUCCAAGAAACAAGUCUCACUGUAGUAAUUAGUUUACAGUCACGCUACAGUACCAGUGUUUCAUGUUGUUGUAUUUGGUGGAGAACUUCACGACCCUGUGUUUAACCCCGUUCUCUAACGAGCAGCUGUUUGUGGUCCUCAGCAGAUUAUUAUAAAUGUCUAUAAAAGUGUAAAACGAUCCGAAGCUAACGAUAAAGCCAAUAUUUUCUCAUAUUUAUAUCUGUUUAACAGAAUGCUUUGUAUUUAAGGGGUUUUAGAAAUGACAGGUGCAGAGUAGAUCACUGAUUAUUAUUUAUUCCUUUAGUUCGUUAUAAUCGAGAGUUUAUGGCCAGAAGGAGACGAAGACGAAGUCAGGCCUCAGUUCAUGUGUUUAGUGGCUUCACAUUUAUAUUUAUAUUAUAUAUAACUGUACACUGAUCAGCCAUAACAAUAACACCAGCUCCAGGUCCAUAACACUGUAGAUCAGUUACACCUACUCAGCCACGCCCACGCCCCGCCCACACCCCGCCCCACCCCGUCCACAAACCCCCCAGAUCUCAAUCCCAUCCAGCUCUAUGGAGUAAACGGGACAAACACAUCCGGUCCACAGCGGAGCCACGCCCUGAGAGUCGCCCAGUGACCCCCAAACCUGGUGGUUUUAAUGUUAUGGCUGAUCGGUGUAUAUCAUAAACAGUAUUUAGUGUGUGUGUGUGUGUGUUUAUAUCUGGACUUUAUAUAAUAUUUUAGAUGAUUUGUGUGCAGACACACACACACACACACACACACACACACAGUGUUAUAAUGUCUGUAUACUAUACACUGAGCAUUAAGACUUUAACAAUCUGUUUGGUACACGCU